UGGGACAGCUUAAUACGACACCUACAAUUGCUGCAGCAACCGGGAAACUAUUCUACCUUCAACGCUUCUACCAAAUACAUUUGACUAUACAGCUACAACAGACAUGGAGGAACAGCAAAGAUACGGCCAGCACUCAUUCUGUCACACCUGCUUAAGUACAAAAAGAAGACAAACGAAGAUGAGAAAGAUGUCCCUCUCAAGUCGAGUGCUGAUAUUUACGGUGGCACUGACGAUGUACGUGGUGGAUGCCGGGUCCGGCGAGACUCUGUGUGGCGGAGAACUCGUAGAUGCGCUGCAGUUCGUAUGUGAAGACAGAGGCUUCUAUUUUAGCAGGCCGACCAGCAGGUCAAACAGCAGGCGGUCGCAGAAAGGAAUCGUGGAAGAAUGUUGUUUCCAAAGCUGUGACCUGAUGCUGCUGGAACAGUACUGCGCCAAACCCGCCAAGUCAGAGAGGGAUGUGUCCGCCACCGCGAUGCAGGUCAUUCCUGCUUUACCGCCACUGAGCAAGGAGUCCAGGAGGCACGUGUCGGAGAAGUACUCGAGAUACGAGGUGUGGCAGAGGAAGGCGGCGCAGAGGCUGCGCCGGGGCGUCCCGGGGAUCCUGCGGGCGCGCAAGUUUCGGCGGCAGGUGGAGAGGGCGCGGGCCCGGGAGCAGGCGCGGGAGCAGGCCCGGGACCAGGCCCGGCUCCACCGGCCCCUCAUCACCCCGCCCAGCCGGCUGCCCCCGCCGGCCCUGCGGCCCACGCAGGACUACCCCGUCCACACCCACAAGUGA